AUGUCAUCGAUAUUCAAGUCGAUCCGCACACGUAUUGAAGGCCUUCAUGAUGGCGACUCCCAUCACAGCAGCAUAGCACCACCAAUCCACAACGGCCCAUACCGCGAGCUCAACGACACCAAACACCUGUUGCGCCAAUCCCACUCAACACCUGCCAACAGACCCAAAAAGCCCAUGACACUAAUCGAACUGUUCCAGUCGCAAGGGUGCAACUCCUGCCCCCCCACGAACAGCAACCUGAUCUCUCUUGCCCAAGACCAGGAACACAACCCCGACCCAGGCAAUGACUACCUUCUCCUCACCUAUCACGUCACGUACUGGGACUAUCUCGGCUGGGCCGACGUGUUCGGUUUGUCUGCCAAUGACGCCCGUCAGCGCGAGUAUGUCCGCAAGUUGGGCUUAGAGAGCGCGUACACGCCCAUGGUCGUGGUCAACGGGCUGGGUGUAGGUGUGGGAAACACCCGUGCGGACCUGCAGAGGGUGCUGAGUGAGGGCCAGAAGAAGGCAGAUCAAAGGGUCAAAAUCAGUGUCGUCCAGCAGACGGGCAAUGGCGGUGUGGUUGUCGAGGUGGAUACUAGUACUUUGUCGAUGCCCAAGCUGCCAACAAGUUCAAAUGCUUCCGCGCUGGAGGUUCUGCACGUCCGGUAUCUGCCAGCCUUGCACUCUGUGAGGAUCGAUCGUGGUGAGAACGCUGGUCGGAUACUGCCGCAUGUCAACGUCGUGACGGGCGUGGAGAAGAUGGGGUACGUGGCUGGAAAUGAGAGAACUAGAUUUAACGUCGGCAGGCGAGGAGAGGCCCGCGAAAAUGAGGCAUCGGUUCUGAUCGUGCAGGAUGGACGAGGUGGUGAAGUCUUGGGCGUGCUGAGACUCGUGUGA